AUGAAUGUGUCAUCUACACUACAAAAUUCCUUUGGUGUUUUUAAAUUAAUAAUUCCUGAAUCAUUUGCAGGUGAUGUUAUGAACAAGUUCCAGUAUCUCCGGGGUCAGUAUCAGAAAAUACUGCGUAAAAUAAAAAACACUCCGAGUGGCUCUGGGGCUCAAACUCCGCAGAAGUGGGAGUUUUUCAGCUCAUGUUCCUUUCUGCAGUCAGUGUAUGAUAACUGCCCUACUGAGUCGAGUUUCAUACACCCAGAUGACUUGAAUACACAAAGUCAGGAAGUGUUGGUAUACGAGGGAGGAAUCGAGGAUCUUGCCGAUGAUUGUGAAAUAACAAUUUCACCAAUCACGACUUCAUCCGAAUCAACUCCUUCCUCUCUGCCCUCUGGAUCAACUCCUUCCCCUGAGCCUGAUAUAACUGGAGACAUCAUGAUAACACCUAUUCCUUCUACCAGUUAUGCAGGAAACCCUCCAGUGAAAAAAAGGGAGAAAGAGGAACAUGAGCAGUGAUCCUCUUGAUGAAAUGAUGGCAAAGGCUAUUGAUAAAAUGGAAAAUACAUGGGCUGAACAGUCAAGGCUGCCUGUCCGCUUUGACAUGGCUACUGAGGCUGUGAUGUCACUGAUGAAUCACCUUGCCUCUGAUGAGGACUUGAAGUUGGAGUUCUCUGUGGAAGUUAUUGAACUUGUGGCAAGAACUCUAAAAAAGUCAAAAGAAAAGCGCAGGAACACUAAUAAUCAAAAUCUGUCAUAGAUGGUAGUCAUGUAAGAGUUGAACAAUUUGUAUAGCUGUCAUUUAGUAAUGGUUUGUAUGUAGUCAUGAAUUUA